AUGCCCCUGUGUGCUCAUGCCUCCAAUAGGAACAUGUAAGUGAAGCACACGCUGCAGUGCACUGUGGAACGCCAUUUUCCCGGUAACCGUAGAAUGCAUUGUACUUCCUGUCCUUCCCGGUCUCCCCCUCCCAUAGACAAUUCUAGAAAACAGUGCUGAUGCAUUCAUCUUGCCAGAAGAUAAGUCUGUGUGUACAAAAAAGAAAAACGAGCAAAAUAUGGCGAUGAAAUAUUUGAUUAAGUCAGACAAUCCGGCAAUUCCAGUUUCAAGGAUAAGAGCUACAUUGUUUAGUUACGAAAGAGAAUAAUGAUAUUGUCCAAUGUGCUGCAAGAUUCCAGCCUUGGUUUGUUGUAAUGCUGAUUCCAUAAUAUUUUGGUACCAAUGGAAGACUGUCUUUACAUCUCUGCCAUCAAAUCUGGACUGAAUUUCACGUUGGGAGAAACAGGUUGCUAUUGCCACAGUUUCUCAUCUGGUAAAAUAAAAGCAGAUGAGGCCCUCUGUGUGUGAUGUGAUGAUGGGUGAGGGCACCCUGUCAAUCUGCAUGUUUGGCUCAAAACAUGUACUGUGUGUGUGUGUUUCCAGAGGGCUCACUGCUGAGGACCAGAUUGCCCUGCUGAAGUCAAGUGCCAUCGAGAUAAUUAUGCUGCGUUCCAACCAGUCCUUCAACCUAGAGGACAUGUCCUGGAGCUGUGGUGGUGGCCCUGACUUCAAGUACUGCGUCAAAGACGUCACCAAGGGUGAAAAACGUGUACACACUCUACACACUGUACAUAAACUGCCCUCCGUAUUUAUUUGGACAGUAAAGCUAAAAUGUUAAAAUUUGGCUCCAUACUCCAGCAUUUUGGGUUAGAGAUGAAAUGUUUUAUAUGAAGAAACUGUGCAGAAUGUCACCUUGUAUUUUAGGGUAUUUUCAUAUCUGUUUUACCGUUUAGAAAUGAAAGCACUAUGUAUCUAGUCCCCCAAUUUGAAGAAUUCGUAAGUAUUUGAACAAAUUCACUUAUAGCGUAUUAAAUUAGUUAAAAGUUUAGUAUUUGGUCCCAUAUUCCUAGCACGCAAUGAUUACAUCAAGCUUGUGACUCUGCAAACUUGUUGGAUGCAUAUGCUGUUCGUUUUGGUUGUGACCAAUAGAAAUGAAUGAUAAAUAAUGAGUUGUCAUUUUGGAGUGACUUUUAUUACAAAUAAGAAUAGAAGAUGUUUCUGAACACUUCUACAUUAAAGUUGCACUAUGCAGAAAUUGCUAAACUUCAUGAUUAUUCCUAAUCAUGGCAGCAUCCACAUUAAUGUAGAAGUGUUCAGAAACAUAGUCUAUUGAAUUUUUAAAUAAAAGUGACUCCAAAAUGACACAAUACAUUAUUCACCAUUCAGUUCCUAUUGGGAAAAACAUAAUACAACCAAAUCAAACUGCAAAUGCAUUCAAGUUUGUAGCGUCACAAGCUUGAUGUAGUAGUCAUUGUGUGCUAGGAAUAUGGGACCAAAUACUACACAUUUGACUACUUUAACACACUAUAAGUGAAUUUGUCCAAAUUCUUAUGACUUCUUCAAAUGGGGGCACUAGAUAUAUAAAGUGCUUUCAUCGCAAAUCCAAAAUGCUGGAGUAUCGAGACAAAUGUAAACAUUUUAGCUUCACUGUUCAAAUAAACAUGGAGGGCAGUGUCAAACCACAUGAUCACACACUUACCCACUGUUCGCCCCUCUUUGUAGCGGGUCACACUCUGGACCUGUUGGAGCCGCUGGUGAAGUUCCAGGUGGGCCUGAAGAAACUCAAGCUCCAUGAGGAGGAACACGUGCUGCUCAUGGCCAUCUGCCUGCUGUCUCCUGGUAUCUACCCGCUUACUGUCAUGUGUGCUUGUUAGUGUGCUUUGCAUGCUUUUGUACAUGUAUGCCUUGUGUGUGUUUGUGCGCACAUGUGCAGCGUGUUUGGUUCUGUUUGUAUGGCAUUUUUUGUGUGCAUUCCCCUCUCUCCACCCCUCCUUUUAAGGGCCUCUCUCUCCUCCCUCCUCCCCUCCCUGUAGAUCGUCCGGGGGUGCAGGACCACGCUAAGAUCGAGGUUCUCCAGGACCGUCUGUCGGAGGUGCUCCAGGCCUACAUCAGGGUGAACCACCCAGGAGGACGGCUGCUCUACGCCAGGAUGAUCCAGAAGCUGGCCGACCUGCGCAGCCUCAACGAGGAGCACUCCAAGCAGUACCGCUCGCUGUCCUUCCAGCCCGAGCACAGCAUGCAGCUCACCCCGCUGGUGCUGGAGGUGUUUGGGAGCGAGGUGUCAUAG